AUGGUUGAUGUAUUCAAUAUUCAAAUUUUCUUCGUUUUAUUCAGAGAAACAUUGGAAGGCGUCGUCAUUAUUUCUAUUUUGCUUGCCUUCUUGAAGCAGGGAUUAGCAGGCCCUUCAAAUGACGCAGUUGUAUAUAAGAAAUUAGUACGACAGGUCUGGUUUGGGACUAUAUUAGGGGUGGUAUUUUGUCUCAUUGUAGGUAGUAUUUUUAUUGGCAUAUUCUACACUGUUGGAAGUGACGUAUGGCAAAAAUCUGAAGACUUAUGGACCGGAGUCUUUUGUAUGAUUGCGUCUGUUUUAAUUUCAAUGAUGGGCAUUGCUAUGUUACGUGUUAAUAAAAUGAAAGAAAAAUGGAGAAUCAAGAUAGCACAGGCAUUGCUUAAUGUUCCAGAAAAGAAACUUGAUCGCUUUAAGUUAGGUUAUUUGACAAAAAAGUACUGUUUUUUUAUUUUGCCAUUUGUUACUUGUAUACGUGAAGGUUUAGAGGCUGUUGUAUUUGUUGGGGGAGUAGGAUUAAAUCGACCUGUUUCUUCUUUCCCGCUUCCAGUUAUCUGUGGUUUACUUGCUGGAAUUGCAGUUGGUUUUGCAUUAUACUACUGGGGGUCAACAAUCUCAGUACAAAUAUUUUUGAUCAUUUCCACUUGUAUCUUGUAUUUAAUAGCUUCCGGUUUGUUCUCUAGAGGUGUGUGGUAUUUUGAAACAAAUACUUAUAAUCAGAAAACUGGGGGAGAUGCAUCUGAAAAUGGAUCUGGUCCAGGUACCUAUGAUAUUAGCAAAUCUGUGUGGCACGUCAAUUGCUGUAAUCCACAGAAAGAUAAUGGUUGGGAUGUAUUUAAUGCACUACUAGGUUGGCAAAAUUCUGCCACGUACGGCUCAGUUAUAUCGUACUGUGUCUAUUGGCUCUGCAUGAUAGUAGUUUUAUUGUUGAUGUCAUACGAAGAGAAACAUGGACACCUACCAUUCUCCAAGAACUUGACUUUGGCUCAAUUGAAUCCAAUGUAUCAUAUUAAAGGCAAGAAGAAUAAUAACCUUUCUAGGAGAGAGAAAGACGAGUUAUUCGCCAAAGUAAAGAUUAAAAAUAUUGUUAUUAGUAAAAAUUUUGAUUUUGAAGAAUCAAAUUCAAAUAUUUCUCGCCUGUAA